AUGGGAGAGUGGGGGAGGGGAAAUGGAAGGAGAAACAGUGAAGGUGAAGUUAAAUACGGUGGAGGGAGUGUGAGAGCAAGCAGCAUAAAAGAAGGGAUAACACUGGAGGAAUUAAGAGGAACAAUAUCACAGUUGGUACACAAUGAUGCUAAAGGGUGCGAAAUUAAGUACACGGUUAAGUUUGCUGAGGGCACACUGGUUGAUCUUUAUGAUGAAGGUGAUAUUUGCAAUAUGUUUAGAUAUAACGAUAGCAGUGCUCAUUUGUAUGUAGCAGCGAAAGGGAACCAGAAGGAAGGUGGAGCAGUGAAUGAUGGAGAAAUGGGUGAGAAUUUGUUUGGGCUGUCGGGAGAAAUGACUGAAGGUGUGGUGAACCUUGGUGAUAACUAUGAACCACUCAUUGUUGACUAUGGUGCUGAAUGCCUAACGUAUGAAGGAGGGGGUUUAAGUCAGACAAACUUCAGUGACGGUUCAGGGAGUGAAGGGACAUUGAGGGGUAAUUUGAAUUGCAUGAAAUGGGUUGGAGUUUUUGCAGGAGUGGGGCAAUAUAUUCCACAUGCCCAAGCUUUUAGGGAGGCUGUGUACAGGUUAGUAUUGCACAAAAGUUUGCAACGACAUAUGUGA